AUGCAGCAACUCUUGCUUCCGCUGCUGCUGGCCUGUUUGCUGCCCCCCAGGGCAGAGGCAGGAGAGAUCAUCGGGGGACAUGAGGCCAGACCCCACUCCCGACCCUACAUGGCAUUCCUACGGAUAUCAGGUCAGAAAUCUGAGAGCUGGUUUGAUGACAAAUUCCUGCCAUUUAACACCAAGAAGUGUGGUUGUGGUGGUUUCCUGAUUCGAGAGGACUUCGUGCUGACAGCGGCUCACUGUAAUGUGAGCUCAAUGAACGUCACCCUGGGGGCCCAUGACAUCACCAAGCAGGAGAGGACCCAGCAGGUCAUCCCUGUGAAGAGAGCCAUCCCCCACCCAAAUUAUAAUAAUACGACCCACGUCAACGACAUCAUGUUGCUGCAGCUGGAGAGGAAAGCCAAGAAGAACAAAGCUGUAAAUAUCCUCAGGCUGCCCAGGGCCAGGGACCGGGUGAGGCCAGGGCAGGUGUGCAGUGUGGCCGGCUGGGGGCGCAACCGGCAGAAAGAAUUUUCAGACAAGCUGCAGGAAGUGAAACUAACCAUCCAGGAGGAUCAGGAGUGCAAACAAUGUUAUCCAGAUCACUAUGACAACCGUAUUCAGCUGUGUGCAGGGGACCCAAAGAAAGAUAAGGCUUCCUUUCAGGGGGACUCCGGGGGGCCCCUGGUGUGUAAGAAGAUGGCUAUGGGCAUUGUUGACUAUGGAUUUAAAAGUGGGAAACCUCCACGUGUCUACACCAAAGUCUCAAGUUUCCUGCCCUGGAUAAAGGAAACCAUGAGAAGCCUGUGA